AUGGCUUCGCUCAUUCGCUCGCUCGUGCUCCUCCCCGCCUUGCUUUCGAGCAUCGCCCACGCCGUCAACCCGGUCGAGGUCCGCGGUCAGGACUUUGUCGACACCGUCACAAACAAGCGCUUGAUGAUUGUUGGUGUCGACUACCAGCCUGGAGGUCAAGCCGGAUACAAGCCAUCAGCAGGUCAAGAUGCCCUCACCGACGCCGACGUGUGUCUGCGUGAUGCUGUGGUCAUGCAGAAGUUGGGUGUGAACACGAUCCGUGUCUACAAUGUCGAUCCCACCCUUGACCACUCCGAGUGCAUGUCCAUCUUCAACGCCGCUGGUAUCUACAUGAUCCUCGAUGUCAACUCUCCUCUGUCCGGCGAGAGCAUCAACCGCCUCCAGCCAUGGACAUCCUACCACAAGGACUACCUUACGCGCAUCUUUGGCGUCGUGGAGAACUUCAAAGCCUUCCCCAAUACACUCGCCUUCUUCGCCGCAAACGAGGUGAUGAACGAUCUAAAAACUGCUGAAGACAAUCCCAUGUACAUUCGAGCUGUUCAGCGCGAUCUGAAGAACUACAUCAAGAACCACUCCGAUCGCACAAUUCCUGUUGGCUACUCCGCCGCCGACGUGCGCGAGAUUCUGCACGACACCUGGGCCUACAUGCAGUGCUCUCACGACGACGACCAGUCCUCUUCCGACUUCUUCGGCCUCAACUCGUACAGCUGGUGUGGCGAAGCUAACUUCCAAACCUCUGGCUAUAGUGAUUUGGUGAACAUGUUCCAGAACUCGGCCAUCCCGGUUUUCUACUCCGAGUAUGGCUGCAAUGAGGUCCAGCCUCGUAUCUUCACCGAGGUCGAGGCUCUGUACGGCACUCAGAUGACUUCGCUCAGCGGUGGUCUGGUCUACGAGUAUUCACAGGAAGAGGCAGACUAUGGUCUUGUCGUCAUCAACAGCAAUGGUACCCUGACUCUCCGCCAGGACUUCGAUAACCUUCAGGGGCAAUUCAACAAGCUGGAUCUCAGCCUUAUUCAAUCGACAAAUGCCUCGAGCACCAACAUCAAGCCUCCGGAGUGCAGCAUGGAUUUGAUCACAGCUGAAGAGUUUAGCAAGAACUUCACUAUCCCAGCCGUCUGCCCCGGAUGCCAGGACCUGAUCACCAACGGCAUCAGCAACCCCAAGAAUGGCAAGCUUGUGGAUGUGUCUGACACCAAGCCUAAGCAGGCCGUAUAUGGAUCCAACGGUGCCCAGGUCCAGAACCUGGAGCUUACGAAGCUGACCGAAGCCAACACACCAGGCGGUCAAAAUCUCAGCCCAUCAGGCACAGGCACCGGGACUCCCAGCGGGACUGCAGCGCAGCCAUCAGCGACUAAGACCGGUUCUGCCAGUAGUAUGUCGAUGGGUGGCUGGUGCAGUAUGGCUGUUCUCGGUGCCUUGCUGACUGCUGUGUUCACCUAG